CUCCGAGACGCCACCCCUGCGCGCGCCUCGUGAACCACCACCAUCAUCGAGCAGUUACCAGUCCCCCAACUCACCAGUCAGUUCAGUCCACCACCCCACCUCCCCUCCGCUCCUCUCUCCCCCUCCCCCACAGCUCCCUCGUCAUCGUCAUCCCCGCUACUCCUGCCGCUUCUUCUCUUCUCCCAGACUGCGUCAGUCGUCAGCGUCAUCCGGAUCCCCGCCAGGAGCUCGCGACCGAGCAAUCCGAGGAGAAUCCAGCCAGAACCAGAACCAGAACCAGGAAAAUUCGGAACGCAAGUACAAAGCCAGUUGUAGACCCGGCUGGAGAAACCUCAGGGACCAUCCACAUCCAUCUCGACUCGAAGCAACCAGGGGAACACGAAAGCCAGUUGAAAGUUGGUGUUGUGCUAGCUUGAUAUUUUUCUGGGGUAUGCUUUUUCUGGACGGCGAUUUACUGCAGAGCCAGAUCACAAGCAUGGAGAGAACAGCAAAUGUGGUAUUGGAUAUUGAGGGCCUGCCUCAACAACCUGAUAAAUGCUGCACUGGAAGUCCAAAGAUGACCAGAGCCCUGUCGCGUAAGGGUCCAAACCGCAUGGAGAGGAGGGGCGGUGAAGAGCAGGAGCCAGAUGACUUGGCAAAAAAAGUUGUCAUUAAAGUUGUGCCAUCUCAGCUGGAGCAGCUCAAGUUGCCGCUAGCGCACAACAAAACUUUGGUCACUCCACAUUGCACUGCCACCGCACCUGUUCUGACCGACUCUGUUGAAGGAAGGUCCAAGAGAUUUAAUCGACUCACGGCGUUUCAUCCGCGGAGAAUUCUUCUCUUCUUUGCAACUUUGUCGAGCGUGGGGACGAUGGUGCUGAUAUACUUCACCCUCGGCAUCACCGGCAAGGUGGAAGCAUAGUCUUUCUUUACAUUGGCGGCGUGGGACGGCGGCGUGGCGGUACAUUCCAUAGCUAGGACCAGCUUUCUUUCUUUUCAGAUUUUGCUUUGUUUGGGGGAGGUGAAGUACUACUGUCGCAUUAUAGCGAUGCAACAGCAAUGGAGACGACACAGUCAGGCUGGCCAUGCUGCUCGACCAAGCGGUGCUCGUCAUCACUGCCGCCCAGCCCAGUGUGGUGCUCCUUGGCCUCCUAUAAAUUUUCUUCCGUUGUGUACGUAUAAAGAAAGAGUGUGUGACAGUGUGAGACCGACACAGAGUGCCGUUGGUGGUGAUGAUGAUGAGUGCGCGCUGUGUGGGCGCACUGUGCUGAGCUCUAUGGGGGCAGUUUCUCCUCGUUCCUUCUUUUGAUGGAAACUAGAGAAUGGACUCCACUGGGAAA